AUGUUCGAAAUAGCCGGAUGGGCAUAUAGGGUUCUCUGGUUUGUAUUGGUGGUCCUCGUAUUAUACCUAUUCCGGGUCAACCAGCUUCUAAGUCAGACACCAGAUGAGGUCCGGCAACUGUCGGGUUCACGCUGGACGACAGAUCAGCUGAACGAGACCUAUAGGCAAUUGCAAGAGAAGCCAAUAGACUUUACUAAUAAACUUCCGCCAAAACUAGAGCGUCGCUAUGUUGUGACGGGAGGUUCGGGGCUUGUGGGUGGUUUCAUCGUGCUUCAGCUUCUAGCUCGUGGUAACCUACCGGAGAGCAUUCGAAUUAUUGAUAUUCGGAAGACCGAGCGCAAUGAUAUGCGCUCCGGACCGGCUACAGAGGUCGAAUUUGUACAGACAGACAUCACAUCAUCCGAUUCCGUCGAUGCUGCUUUUGCGCGUCCGUGGGAUCCUAGCGUUGCUCAUCUACCGCUGACAGUGUUCCACACUGCGGCGGUGAUUCUAGCUUCCGAACGGUCUAAAUUUCAUUACGCAUUCCCGGAAGCUGUCAACGUGAUAGGAACAGAGAACGUGCUAGCGGCAGCCCGCAGAGCCGGUGCGGAUAUUUUUAGUUCCACAUCAUCCGGAUCCAUAUCUAUUCGUCCCGUCGAACCGUUUGUACUCCCAUGGGCAAGCUCGCCGCGGAACUUUUGGCAAGUUCUGGACGUAGGCGACUUCAAUUCGCCUUUGAAAGAACGCGAGGGGUACUUCGCCAACUACCCCGCUUCGAAAGCGGUCGCAGAAAGAUUGGUUUGUGGUUCGAAUAACGAGAACUUCCGCACCGGUUGCAUUCGUCCUGCGAAUGGCGUCUACGGACACCCGACAGAUAAUACCGUCGGGGACCCUCUUGGCAGAACGGUCUUACCUUGUUGGGUGUCCCAUAUCGUACAGAGCUUUGUGCACGGCGCGAACGUAUCCAUCGCGCAUCUACAGCACGAGGCGGCGCUUGCUCGGCCUUGGAUAGAGAGCUCCAGACAGGCGGGCCGGCCAUUCGUAGUAACAGAUCCCAACCCACCAAUCACGUACGGUGAUCUGUAUCACGCGAUCGAGACUCUCUCAGUGCACCCAUUUCGCAUUAUCAAGGUGCCACCCGUCGUCAUGCUUCUCCUCUCGCAUGUGGUAGAGAUGUAUACUGAAUUACCUUAUAAGUAUCCGCUUUUACGCAAAGUGCUACCUGAACUUAAAGGUGAUAUUAAACACCUCAGGCCGGGGAUUUUCUCGAUAUGUACUCAUCUAAUCGCAUCGAAUGACGAGAUCAGGAAGCCGGUUUCUCAAGGUGGUUUGGGAUAUACCGGCGUACUCACUACGCUGGAGGGGAUGACGUUGGAGAUCCUAGAAUGGAAUAAAGAGCAUGUCGAUGAUGUCAAGAUGAGGAAGGCCUACACAACGUCAGUCUCCCUAGCAGAACAAAUCCAGGAGCUCUGGUUAGGGCGAGGUGGUUCUGUCUCUAGUUGGCAAUGA